AUGGUCAUCACCUUGGUCUUCUCCAUAGUCUUCUCCUUGGCCUUCCCUUUGGUCUAUCCGAUUUUGGUGUUCCCUGUGGUCUUCCCUGUGGUCUUCCCUGUAGUCUUCCCUGUGGGCUUCCCUGUGGGCUUCCCUGUGGGCUUCCCUGUGGGCUUCCCUGUGGGCUUCCCUGUGGGCUUCCCUGUGGGCUUCCUUGUGGUCUUCCCAUUGGUCUACGCUUUGGGAAUCCCGAAGAGAAUUCCAAAGGGAAACCAGAAGGCAAACCAAAGGAAAGUUCGAAGAGAAGACCAAGGCGAAGACCAAAGCAAAUAUCAAGGCGAAGUUCAAAAAGAAGAUCAAAGCGAAGACCAAAGCGAAGACCAAAGCGAAGACCAAAGCGAAGACCAAAGCGAAGACCAAAGCGAAGACCAAAGCGAAGACCAAAGCAAAGACCAAAGCGAAGACCAAAGCGAAGACCAAAGCGAAGACCAAAGCGAAGACCAAAGCGAAGACCAAAGCGAAGACCAGAGAGAAGACCAAAGCGAAGACCAAAGCGAAGACCAAAGCGAAGACCAAAGCGAAGACCAAAGCGAAGACCAAAGCGAAGACCAAAGCGAAGACCAAAGCGAAGACCAAAGUGAAGACCAAAGCGAAGACCAAAGCGAAGACCAAAGCGAAGACCAAAGCAAAGACCAAAGCGAAGACCAAAGCGAAGACCAGAGAGAAGACCAUAAGAAAGAUCAAAGAAAAGUCCAGAGCUUAGACCCACAAAAGGGUAAACCAAUGGGAAGGUCAAAAGAAGGACCUAAGAGAAAACCAAAGGGAAGCCAAUAG